AUGGCCUCAGAUACAGCGAUGACUGAAGCCUCUCCUGUUGAUACCUUGCCGCACCCAAACGACGGUGGCCGCAUGCAUAUGUCAUCCCUUUCUUCAUCAUCUUCCAUAUCCGACGCAGAAACAGAGCGUCGAGGCCGAUCAGAACGCCCCCGAAUGGCGAGCCGAAAACCCAGUGCUUCUAUCCUUGUCCCUCGGGAUCACCCCGAAAUCGAAAUUGAGGAGGAGGAGUUCCCCCCAGACGACGCCCGCGCCAUGAGUCCCCGACGGAAUUCCGCCGAUUUAGAACGCUUGGGCAAAGAGGCCCGUCAAACUCUACAAGAACAAGCCAAGGCCCUUCAGUCAUCCCUCCAGGCUCUCGCCGAGCGUAUCGACGCAGUGAAAUCGGACCACGACAAGUUGGAAAACGAGAACAAAAUCCUACAAGACUACAUCGGUGGUCUCACCCGCAACAUGACCAAGAGCGAAAUGACCCGCAGUACGAAGGCCCGCAAAGCGCAAAAGUAA